AUUCAUGAAUAGUUUUGAAAUUGAGGGCCAUUAUGGCAAAGAUCGACUUUCAAAGUAUAAAGGAAGUCCUCAAAGUUCUAGAUGAUGUAGCGACAAGAUAUUCCAACGAUGAUUUGCUUUUACAUAGCAGUGAGAUCGAGACAGUUCACACAGAGUCGGUCCAUAUAUUUAUACCUUUAUCUGCCUAUGUGCAACGUGCUCCCCCAGUGUUUAUAAGUGAAAUGGCUGCUACCAUCUCAAAAUCUGUUGAUCUGCUCGAGAAAAUGAAGGUUGGGAUUUUACAAAGAUUUAUAGAUGAACUUAAGCUAAAAAAUAAAGUUGCUUCUCAGAACUUCCUUAAAGUCAUUAUGGCAUUGGAAACACUUUUUAUGGAGUGGUCAUGUGAUCAAAGGGUACAGGAGAGUUUGAUACUGGUGGGUGUUGUUUAUCUUCUCUUUCAGUAAUUGCAAUUACUUCAAUGUCUUCUUAAUGUUGACAGAAUAAUGAAAAAGUAUAUUUUUGCUGCUGCCUUGACCAUUUCAAACUGCAUUCAAAACAACAUGGAUCUCUACAUGUGCUUCCACCCCAACACACCUAUCCUGUCAAUUCUAGAACCAUACUUUGGUAACUCUGAUCUUCUAAUUAGCUCUUGCACGAAGUUCAUUCGUAACAAUUUUUCGUGGUAUCUACACAAGUCUGACCCUCAAGCUAUUGAUUGCUGUAGUCACAUCAGUGAACUCAUGGAUUUGCUUCUUCAGUCAUUUAGCCCAACUCCGCUCUCUGCUUCUAGUAUAAGCCUUGAACCAAUGGAGAUACUUCAUAUGCUAGAACAGCUUAGUGUCAAUGAAAAGAAUAGGAAAGCCAUUAUUUGUCACUCCAAACUUGUUGAGGUAAUGUCACACUUGUUGCAAGGGAAGGAUCAAAAGAAGGAUAGCAUAAUUGGCUCCUUCAAUCUACUGUUAGGCAUUUUAUCACCAUUCUCGAUUCCCCCACUCAAAGCUGGUAAAGCUAAAGGGGUCAAACCUAAUCCUGAAAAAAAGAAGGAAGAAAUUGAUUAUAGAUCAAUGCUAUUGGAGUCUCUGCCUCAUCUCGUACCGUGGCUCAAGGACGUAGACUGUCAGUCUUCAGAUGAUUUAAAAGAACUCCGUGAUGCUCUACUUCAUCUUCUACAGGAGAAACCAGUUUCCAGUAUUCAGAGAAUGGCAGGUCAAUGUUUCCAGUACAAGCAUUAUGAGCUUGUUGUUCUACUAGCUAGUCAAGCUAAUGACUGCUCUCUUCUUGAAAUGAAAGCACGUUAUGAACUGUACUGCAGAGAACAGAUCCUACUUCAGCAGAAAGAGAAGGAAUUUCGUACAUAUGAGCUUAAACGUGAACGUCAGCUAUUGUAUGGUGAAGCAAGAAAGAUUGUACCAGCUCUCAUUAAGUGUGAUCUUGGCAAUCGAGAAAUUAGGAAAAUGUUGGAUAAUAUGCUCAUUGAUAUUGUUCGCGAUUUGAAUGAACAGUCUGGAAUACGUAGCAAGAAGGGAAACACUUUCUUCAAUUGUCUCCUUUGUCACAAGCCUGAUGGACUAGCCAGAGGUCACUUUUGGGCCAAAUCUCAUAUCAUUGCAAUCCGUGGGAGUGACAAGAAGUUUUUCAAAGAUCGUGCCAGCCUACAUAGAGAACCUCAAAAGAAAGAAGUCUCUCAGCUCAUUUAUUACAUGUUCUGCCAUACUUGUGACAAUGAGAUUCUAAGCGUUGACGAAAAUUUAUUUUCUAUAAAUAUUAUUCGUGUCAUUUAUCCUCAACUUAACUCACUGUUACCGGCAGAAGAGCAUGUGAUUUCCUAUGAAGGUAAUUGGCUUUAUCGUUUUUGUCUCGCACUGAUCUUUCGAUGUUUUUGCCUUCUAAAAAAUUUCAACAGCUAUAGUAACUCUGAAGUUGCUUAUAAAGUGUUUGAAGCUAUUCGUUCCAUUCUUCUUGCAAAGUCUGAUGAAGUUGAAGUUGAUUACCCAACUGUAUUGAUGUUUUUUACUCCAACAAGUGUUGCUGUGGAUGAGGAGGAAAGCGGUAAAGAAGAGGCUGAGCCUUUUUCUAUUUUAGCUGGUGUUUCUGAUGGCAAGGAAAAAGGUGCAGUCAAAUGUAUUUCUAAAAAAUGUCUUGACCCCAAUGAUUUUGCAAAGAUGAUACAAGAAAGCUCCAACAUACUUGAUGAGCCAUUAUAUAUUGAUGGAAGUGAUUUUUCACGGGUUAGUUACAUGUCACUCUAUGAAAGGCAAGGGAGAAAUCAGCGGAGAGCACACUUUAUGCUUAACAAGCAAGGUAUCUUCAAUAUAGUUGUUCUUGUGGAAAAAGAAGUCAUAAAGCCAGAGCAUCAAGACUUUGUUAUUAGUCCAAAAGGCGGUACCCUACAUAUACCACCUAAUGAUGUCAGAAUGAGUGUACUACCUCCAGCAAUCCUUCAAACAUACAAAGAGAGAGUGCCACGUAUUCUUGUUGAUCUCCUUGAGUCUGAUCCUAAAGUUAGUGAGCUCAAUUCUAUGCUGAAAAUUUCUUGUAUGGAUCCUCACAUGCCAUCUCCCAGCUCUGUGCUUCCGUUACAAAUAAAUAGCACUGUGGAAUACAAUAUUAAUCUUCUUCCAAUCAAGCAUUAUAUUGAUCGUAAUCGCAAUCUACUACAAUUACCUCCAAAUCAUAGUGUAUUACUUCAUUGCACACAGCAUGGUGAAACGACCUGUAGUGGAAGAACAGUCAUUUUAGCUCUUAAUGAUAAAAAUCGUCCUUAUUCUAUUAUACACUCAUACAAGCCAAACAUGCUUAUCAGUUUGGGGUACUAUGUAUCUUCAGAGGACUUUAGUUUUACUGGAAGGUUGGAGAAUGAGAGUCAUAAAGGAAUGGAGCUUUUAGUUCAAGAAAAUGAUGACCUUAUAGGAUUGGCUGCUCAGCUAAUUCCAUUGACUUUACACGACAUUGGAUUGCUUGAUUAUAAUUCUUUGCUGCUCUGUCAUCAAGCUGGGAUUUGUGUUGAUAGAAAAUGUGUUCCUGGGCUAGGAUGUUGGUACUGUUCUCUUUCUUGUGAGAUUUGUCGUAAACCACACAUAUUUGGCUCAAUAGUUAAACUUAUAAAUGAUAUCGUGUUUAAAUUUUGCUCUCAAGACUGCCUUAAUUUCUAUCAUAAGGUCUUUGAUGAUCUGACGAUGAUGAAGGACAUAAAACCUCCAGAUUCUGAAGAAAAUUCUGACAGUACCACUGCGAGUCAAGAUUUUAACCAGGACAAAGGUGCUUUGGGAGAUGGAAAUACAUCAGAAAAUGCAAAAGAAACAAAGAAAGGUGAUGACGAGAGUUUGAUUGAGAUGGCUUAUAAUAAAACGUUAACUUCUUCAAUUGUUAAUGAAGUAAUUUCUCAAAUGAACAAUGCAGUUCUGAUCAUGAACAUAAUUUGCACCUUUGAGACACAUAACAGUCUAAAAGCUCAAGCUACUAUUAAAAUUUUUCAUACUUCAGCUGAAGGUAUUCCAUAUGUUCCAGUGGCACCAAACACCUACCUUAUGGUUUCAUAUCUACAGCUAGCAUUUGAACAGUAUAUUGAUGUUUACUGUGUAGCUAAUGAUGGGUCUCUACUGGAAAGAAUUUAUCCACAGAAUGAUGAUUCUCUUAAGAGUCAUGACAUCUUUUCAUCUCUUUCUCAGAGAAAAAUAUUUUUGGCCUGCAAUCUGCAUGAAGCACUGGGUGAUAUUAACAUAAAAGAUCUCUCUAAUUUAGCCAAAUAAACUGAUGAUGCAUCCAUCCACUUAUGCAAUAAUUACUUUUUAUUGUGCAAUGUGCAGAUGACUUCCUUGUUUUUGCUACCUCUAAUAAAAUUAGUUUCAUAUGUUUUGGUUUGUCUCUGUUCAUAA